GAGGAAGGGUAGUGGUAGUUGGAGGAGAGGAGAGCACAGGGAGCAAGUGUUUACUCAAGCUGACCAGUAAUACAGCUCAUAAUAGUCGAUGAAUCUGGUGGAAAGCGGUUACUGGCGGACAAGCUACGUUGCCUUUUCUUUAUCAGCCCUGGGGCUGCACUUGGUUGAUCUCUGGACCCUCAGAUUGAGCAACAAAACAAGAGGCAGGCAGCUCUGAAUUCAGUUGGACACAAAGGCAGAGUAGAGGGAACACACGGAAUCAAAGGAAAUUGAAGAAAACAAAGUUGGGACAAAGGACACCAGCAGUUGUAAAUCAGUUAAACAUUUACUGGCUCUCCUUUUUUUGGGGAGAGAGGAUUUUGUGCGAGGCUUUGGGGAGGAGUAUGAAAGAUUUGAAAGGACAUGGGAGGGUGGGGGGCAUGGGUCUGAUAGGGAGUAAUUGUGGUGACAGCCAGUGCUGGGGACAAGGACUCAUGUGAGACACAGAGGAAUUAACAAGGGGAAAAAAAAGAGAUCAAGAGAGGGGACAGAGACGGACUGGCAGAACCCAAACUGGACUCUCAGUAUGGGUGUGAAGAGAAAGGCUGCUGCUGCUAUCUUAGUCCUGCUGUUCUUCCUCGGCUUCUUGUGGCUGCAGGGAGGCUUGGAUUACCACUGGGAUUCCUGUUUAAAAGGUUAUAAUCAGGUGGAUAAGCUUCACCAUCUGUCCAACAGCAGUGGGGCUGAUGGGGCUAACGGGUCUGAGGGGCCCCCCAUCCAGGAGAACUGUCCGGGUCAGAACUUCCAGGUGUCCUUACUGCUCUCCCACCUGUUGGCGGCACCAGCCUACAGCACUGACGUGCUGCUGCAGCCCUAUCUGUCCAGCUGGGAUGAGCUUGUGAAGUUCAUGGAGGCUUUGGGCCCAAUGGUGGGACUGAUAUCGAAGGAGAUAGAAACCAAGACCUCCAUAAUCCGCCAACUGGCCCUUUUGGCAGAGGAGAACCGUGAGGCGGAGCUGGGCGCAGAUUUACAGUCAAUACAUUCUGUGAGCACAGAGGUCGGGACAAAGAAGAGUUUGGGGGCCUCGCAGCACGACGGUGCUUAUCACUCUGUGCGCUCCAUGAUCUUAGUUGAACUCAACCGGGGCGUUGUCGACUUUGACCACCAGACGGACUCUGGCUGCAGGACACUUCUGCGUUUACACCGUGCCCUGCUCUGGCUGAAGCUCUUCCUGGAGAAGCUGGCAGAGACGCCAGAGGCCGGCCGGCUCAGGAGCCCGUCAGAGUUAUGCCGCGAGGCCUACAAGACCACGCUCGCCAACCACCACACGUGGUUUGUUCGCAGGGCGGCUGAGCUGGCCUUCAUUGCCAUGCCAGAACGCGGGUUCUUCUUCAGACUGGUGUGUACGCAGGACCAGGAGGAGCUCAACAGGGUGCUGAGCAGAGUGGUCCGGGCCAUCGGAGAGGUUUACAACAGGACACAGAAAGCCCUGGAGGAGAAUAACAUGCUUGACUUACCAUAGAAAAUGGGACUGGACACAAAGCCUCUGCUGCUGUUUGACCCUCAGUACAUUUCCAUGACCAGUGAAGCUGUGUAGCUUGACCACGCUUUUCACUUUGACUACUGUUUUUCAUCUUAUAUGCAAGCACCUGCAGGGAAUCGAUGUAGUGAAUGAAGUGUGUCCACCUCCACUACGCUCAGGGGUGAUAUGUCCAAAUUCGUCUUAGCAGUAUUUUUAUCACGUUGCCUUUUUAUGUCACAGACAAAUCAUUAGUUCUGUGUCUGUUAGUUCUUUAAGCUGACGGAGCAUAAAUUCAGUCUCCUCCUCAGUCCAAAAAAGGCACCGGUCUGAAUUUCGCCAUGUUUUUCUUGCUGUUUUCUUCUGCUGUGAAUUGGCUGCGUCUGUUAUCCACCUGUCAAAGUCGCCGGGUGGGAAUUGUGGAGCACGUGCUGAACGUUAUCGGUUAGCUCUGGUAUCUUCUCAUUUCAUCCUACCCAUCGAGACGUCCUACCAAGGCUGAGUGCAACUUCAUUUUUCAGCUGUAAUUUUAUAACUCUACACUCAGAAUCAGAACUCGUGUAGUCCCUGACUGACUCGACUCAUGAGCGGCAACGUUUCGUUCGAUCACACUUUAUUCGGACGAACACAAUCGUUUCUUCCUUUUAACGCCAUGUAAACAUAUUGCAUUUUUGCACUGGAAACCUGAACGAGACUUUGGAUCGAUCUCUCAGCUGAAAUGUACACGUGCCACAUUUGUUUUCUCCCCCAGGACCAAAGUCCUGCGUCAACAAUCACAACACACCCAAAGCCUGUUUUGCUUUUGACAUUCCUCGUCAAACGAGAUAUUGCUGUCCUCAGCUCAGGGGAGUUGCAGGCAGCUCACUUAACAGCCACUGUAAAUUAUUUAAGUGAGUAGACACAACAACAUGAACAUCAAUCAACUCUGCUUCAGAACACACACACACACAC